UGAUCUCUGUAUUUUCCUGCCUCUACACAGAAUCUGCUGUUGGCUGUGCUCUCUAUGGAGCUUUGUUUCUAGCUGUUCUCUGACAAAGGGCUUGUUCUGUGCAGCACAUCUCGUCCUCUUUGUUCAGCCUCUGGCUUCAACCACUGAAGCACAAAUAUUCUCCAGCUGGGAAUCAGACAAGGGCAGAGAUGAAGAACCCAGAAGCCCAACAGGAUGUUUCAGUUUCCCAGGGAAUUCGAGUGAUGUUUUACAUGAUGAAGCCCAAUGAGACGUCAUUCCAAACCCUAGAAGAGGUGCCUGAUUAUGUAAAAAAGGCAACUCCAUUUUUCAUUUCCUUGAUGCUGCUUGAACUGGUAGUCAGCUGGAUUCACAAAGGGAAGCCACCAGGUCGUUUGGAUGACGCAUUAACAUCAAUAUCAGCCGGUGUUCUGUCUCGGCUUCCAAGUUUGUUUUUCAGGAGCAUUGAACUGACAAGUUACAUUUAUAUCUGGGAGAACUACAGUCUCAUCAGUUUGCCUUGGGAUUCACCAUGGACUUGGUAUUUAACCUUCCUAGGAGUUGACUUUGGCUACUACUGGCUCCAUCGCAUGGCCCAUGAGGUUAAUAUUAUGUGGGCUGGACACCAAACACACCACAGUUCUGAAGACUAUAACUUAUCCACGGCACUGAGACAAUCUGUCUUCCAAAUAUAUACUUCCUGGAUAUUCUACUCUCCCCUGGCCCUGUUCAUACCCCCUUCAGUAUAUGCUGUUCAUCUUCAGUUCAAUCUCCUCUACCAAUUUUGGAUCCACACAGAGGUCAUCAAUAACCUUGGUCCUUUGGAACUGAUUCUCAAUACUCCUAGCCAUCAUAGAGUCCAUCAUGGCAGAAACCGUUAUUGCAUAGACAAAAAUUAUGCUGGCACUCUUAUUAUAUGGGAUAGAAUUUUUGGGACAUUUGAGGCAGAGAAUGAAAAAGUUGUAUAUGGUCUAACACAUCCCGUUAACACAUUUGACCCAUUCAAGGUGCAGUUCCACUAUUUAGUUUACAUAUGGACUACAUUCUGGGCCACAUCUGGAUUCUUCAAUAAGUUUUCUGUCAUAUUUAAAGGACCAGGCUGGGGUCCAGGUAAACCAAGACUUGGACUGAGUGAAGAAAUCCCAGAGGUCACAGGGAAAGAAGUUCCCUUCUCAUCAUUGGCGUCUCAACUCUUAAAGAUAUAUGCAGUGGUACAGUUUGCUCUGAUGCUAGCAUUUUAUGAAGAUACUUUUGCAGAUAAAGCUGCACUGUCGCAGGUCACUCUCCUUCUGAGGGUUUGCUUCAUUAUCCUUACCUUGACUUCCAUUGGAUUUUUUCUGGAUCAAAGACCUAAGGCAGCUGUUAUGGAAACUUUCCGUUGCUUGGUGUUCCUAAUGCUGUGUAGAUUUGGUCAUCUGAAGCCCUUCAUCCCUUCCUUGUCAUUUGCUUUUGAGAUUUUUUUUUCCAUCUGCAUUGCUUUCUGGGGAGUAAGAAGCAUAAAACAACUUGCCUCUGGCCCUUGGAAAUAACAUAAGUUUGUACACAAUUCUCUUGUUUUAAUCAGUUGUCCACAACUACAAUAUAUUACUACUGCCUGUGAAAAUAUAAUUAUCUUACAUAAUGAUUCUAAGAACCAUUUCUUUAAUGAAAGGUAGAUAGACUUAUUUACUCUUGCUUGCUUUCCACAUUUAUUAUUUCCUGUUAAAAUUAAAGUCAGCUACACUCACUUUCCUUUAUUUCUAGGGUUGAAAGCAAAUGAUUUCAAAUAUAAUGAUGUUAUAUCCACUGGUAGCAUCUAAGCCAAUGGGUAUAAGAAGAGGAAGUGAGAAAACUUAAAAACAGUAAAAGGAAUGAAGAUUUCAUUUGCAUUGAUUUGACAACUUUUUGUUUGCUGUUUGCUAAAAUUGUGCUUAGAUACAUAUUUAUUGUCAUAAAAAUGUAUUAGAUUAGUUAUCUACCUAAGGCUAUAUUUACCUUUGAAAACCAUACAACGUAAG